AUGGGUCUGAAGGGUGUAUGGUGUUUCCCAUGGUGUGGGUGCCGGAGACAACGGGGGACUGAAAGAGGAGCAGGCCUGGGUUCUGCUGCCCCUCCAGAUUCCAGCCCAGCUAUCACCCCCAUGGUGACUGAGGGAGGGCCACCCUCCCCAGGGGCUGGUGCCUACUUCAGCAGAAAAGCCCGACUCUCCUUCCGCCACCAGCUGCAUGACGUAGCAUCAGCCAAUGACUCCACCAUUUGA